AUGACAACUUCCUCGCUUAUAGGUUUACAAGAUCAUGAAAAAGUUUACCAAGAUUUUGAACUCGAUGUCGAAGAGGAUCUGUUUGAGAUCGACCUUGAGGCUGUGACCUGCGUUUCACCACCUUGUUUCUGGGAAAGUUGCUACACUUCCACAGGGAACAUUGCACUCUUGGCCAAUUGUUUGUUACCAAAAUCUGAUGUCUCAAGUGCUGUUCCAGCAGUGUCUUCUGCAGGGAAGACCAAUGCUGUGUUGAUUACAGAGGCCACAUCAUUGGGGGAGUAUCUUAGACUACCCUUCUUGGGGGUUAUUCACCAGAAAAUGGAAGCGCAGUUUCAUUUCCAGUUCCAGAGUUAG